AUGGCGUCAAUCGAGAAGAAUGGCACCCUCAAUGGCAACGGCGUGAACGACAGGACUAAUAGUUCGUCCUCGGCCGCGAAUGGAGCCAACGGAACCAACGGGGCCAAUGGGGCCAAAUGCCCUGUACAACAUAACGGCUAUGGACAAGCCAAUGGCCACAAGUCCACGCCGACAGCCCCAAUUGAUGGAGGUCCUGUCGGUCCCCUCGCGAAACCCAAGAAGGAGCCUGGCUUCUUUGCUUCGCUGUCAACGCUUAAGCAGCUUUCCAAGAGGCCACUCCCCACGGCAAUGGGAGAUGGAACGUAUCCCCAGACGGCGACCCGUCCCAAGCUCCGGCAAGAUCUCCGAACCAUCAGCAUCAAAGAUUUCAAAACCUUGAUCGAGGUGAUCAAGAACAAGGUGUUAGGCGAUGGCAUCAUUGACGAUAAGACCAUGAUCAUGGAGCGAGUUAUCGCCCUCGUCGCCGACCUGCCUCACCAGUCCAAGCUACGUGAGGAACUCACCAACAACUUCCUCAACGAGCUCUGGAAUACCCUUGACCACCCGCCGCUGCUAUACGUUGGUGACCAGUACAGGUUUAGGAUGGCGGAUGGAUCCUUCAACAACCCCAUCCUGCCCCAGCUCGGCGCCGCUGGAUCGGUGUACGCUCGUUCAGUCCGACCAGGAAAGAUCACUAUGGGAGCUCUCCCCGACCCCGAGCAGAUCUUCGAGUCCGUCAUGGCUCGCCGGCAAUACAGAAAGCACCCAAACAAUGUGUCCAGCAUCCUUUGGUACUGGGCGUCAAUCAUUAUCCACGAUCUUUUCUGGACCGAUAUUCGAGACCCCAGUCGCUCUAAAACCUCGUCCUACCUCGACCUGUCACCUCUCUACGGAAGCAAUCAACAAAUGCAAGACAGCAUCCGAACAUUCAAGGACGGCCUCCUCAAAGCCGAUUCCUAUGCCGAUAAACGCCUCAUCGGCAUGCCUCCCGGCGUCUCCGUCCUUCUCAUCAUGCUCAACCGCUUCCACAACUUCAUCGCCAAGAACCUCGCCGCAAUCAACGAAGGCGGCCGGUUCACCAAGCCCCGUGCCGACCUCCCCGAGGAACAAGCGGCCGUCGCGUGGAAGAAAUACGACGAGGAGCUGUUCCAGACGGCUAGGCUUGUUACUAGCGGCCUGUACAUCAACAUCACGCUUCUCGACUACGUGCGUAACAUUGUCAACCUGAACCGUGUGGACACCACCUGGACUCUGGAUCCCCGCCAGGAGAUGGGCAUCAACGCCGGAACCAAGGCUGGAACCGACCGGGGCACGGGAAACAUUGUGUCGGCCGAGUUCAGCCUGUGCUACAGGUGGCACUCGUGCAUCUCGGACAAAGACGACAAGUGGAUCCGGGAGUUUUACGCCAGCAUCUUCGGCGAUCGCGCCGAGACCAUGACCACGCCAGAAAUGAUGCAGGCGUUUGUCGGGUUUGAGAAAUCCAUCCCCGAGGAUCCCGCGGAACGCACGUUCGGCGGUUUCAAGAGGAAGGCCGACGGCACGUUUGACGACGACGAGCUCGUCGAGUGCAUCACUUCGGCCAUUGAGGAUCCAGCCGGUGCGUUCGGUGCCCAGAACGUGCCCCGCGUCAUGAAGCCCAUUGAAAUCCUCGGCAUCCUCCAGGGCAGGAAGUGGAACGUCGCCGGCCUCAACGAGUUCAGGAAGCACUUCGGCCUUAAGCCCUACGAGAAGUUCGAGGACAUCAAUCCCGACGAGGACGUGUCCGAGCACCUCCGCCGACUGUACCAGCACCCGGACAACGUCGAGCUGUACACCGGCAUAGUGGCCGAGGCGGCCAAGGAACCCAUGGUGCCCGGCGUCGGCAUCGCACCCACGUACACCAUCUCCCGCGUCGUCCUCUCCGACGCCGUCUGCCUCGUCCGCGGCGACAGGUUCUACACGAUCGACUACCACCCGCGUGGGCUCACGAACUGGGGCUACAAGGAAGUCGACUACGAUCUCAACGUCAACCACGGCUGCGUGCUCUACAAGCUCUUCCUAAGGGCUUUCCCCAACCACUUCAAGUCCAACUCCGUCUACGCGCACUACCCCAUGGUCAUCCCCGAGGAAAACCGCAAGAUCCUCACCAGCCUCGGGCGCGUGGACCGCUUCGACUUCGAGCGCCCCGGUUACCACCCCGAGCGGAUCAACAUCGUCACCUACGGCGCGGCUAAGUACAUCCUCGAAAACCCCGACAAGUACACCGUCACAUGGGGCGAAGGCCUCUCAGCCGUCCUCGGCGACGGCGGCUCCCGCUUCAUGCUCGCCGGCGACUCAGAGCUCCACGCCAAGCAGCGCCAAUGCAUGGCCUCCCGUCUCUACCGCGCCGGGUGGCGCGCCGACGUCAAGACCUUCUACGCCGCCAUGUCCGAGAAGCUCCUCCUGCGCAAGAGCUACAAGCUCGGCGGCACGUCGCAGAUCGACGUCAUCCGAGACCUGGGCAACGUCGUCCACGUGCACUUCGCCUCGAGGGUGUUCGCCUUACCGCUCAAGUCGGAGGAGAACCCGCGCGGCGUGCUGACGGAGCAGGAGCUUUACAAGGCACUGGCUGUCAUUUUCACAUGCAUCUUUUUCGAUUUCGAUCCGGCGAAGUCGUUCCCGCUUUUACAGGCGGCCAAGGGCGCGGCGGAGAAGGUGGGCAAGGUUAUUGAGAGUAAUGUUAAGCUUUCGAAGUUUGGCUUGCCGAUUCCGUAUACGCAGAAGUUGGAUAAGAAUGAUGCGCUGUCGGCGUAUGGGAAGAAUAUGAUCAAGGCGCUGGCGCAGGCUGGUUUGUCGAAUCAUGAUAUUGCGUGGAGCCAGAUUCUGCCCACGGCCGCUGCCAUGGUUCCCAACCAGGCCGAAGUGUUUGCCCAAGCCGUCGACUUCUACCUCUCUCCGGAAGGCACGCCGUACUUGGCCGAGCUCAACCGCGUGGCUUGCAUGGCGUCGACUGAAGAGACCGAUGCUUUGCUGCUCGGGUAUGCCAUGGAGGGCAUUCGUCUAGCGGGUACUUUUGGCUCUUACCGCGAAGUCGCCGUGCGCGAUGUGAUUGUCGAGGACGAUGGUCGCGAAGUGCCAGUAUCGCCCAAGGAUCGUGUUUUCGUCAGCUUCGUCUCGGCGGCCCGCGACCCGAAACACUACCCCAGCCCCAACGAGGUGAACCCACGCCGCCCCCUCGACUCGUACAUCUUCUACGGAAAGGGCCCCCACACGUGUCUCGGCAUGGAGGCCAGCCAGGUGGCCAUCACCGAGCUCUUCCGCACCGUGUUCCGGCGUAAGAACCUCCGAAGGGUGCCGGGCCCUCAAGGCCAGCUGAAGAAGGUACCCAGGCCGGGUGGUUUCUAUGCGUACAUGACGGAGGACUGGGGCACGUUUACGCCUUUCCCUGUGUCGAUGAAGAUUAUGUGGGAUGAAUGA